AUGAGCAAAGCACGCAAUCUCCUCGCGACGUCAUUGGAUCCGGAAUGGUCGCAGUUCCCUCACAUUGCGCACGACGGUCCAGCCCAGACGAACACAAAGCCGGGGUGGUGGGAGAAGUUCAUCGGGCCUGGGAAGCCACUGGAUACGGACAAGUACUUCGUCAUCUGUACCAAUGUAAUCGGAGGAUGUUAUGGCUCGACUGGACCCUCCUCGAUUGACCCUGCCAAUGGCGAGCGAUACGCCACAAGAUUCCCGAUUCUCACAAUGGAAGAUAUGGUCCGUGCCCAGUUCCGGCUGCUGGACAACCUGGGCAUCCGGAGGCUAUACGCAAGUGUUGGCUCAAGUAUGGGUGGCAUGCAGAGUCUGGCUGCUGGAACCUUGUUUCCAGAACGCGUAGGCCGACUCGUCAGCAUCAGCGGCUGUGCGCGAAGCCAUCCGUAUAGCAUUGCCAUGAGGCACACGCAGCGCCAAGUGCUUAUGAUGGACCCAAACUGGGCUCGCGGUUUCUACUAUGACGGCAUUCCACCACAUGGUGGUAUGAAGCUUGCUCGAGAGAUUGCGACAGUCACAUACCGAAGUGGUCCAGAGUGGGAGCAACGCUUCGGCAGGCGGCGCGCAGAUCCGUCGCGGCCGCCAGCGCUAUGCCCGGACUUUCUCAUCGAAACAUACCUCGACCAUGCGGGAGAAAAGUGGUGUCUAGAGUACGAUCCGAACAGUCUGCUCUACGUCUCCAAGGCCAUGGACCUCUUCGACCUCGGUCAAGAGCACCGAAACCGCAUCAACGAGGUGCGAAAGGCAAAUAGGGGCAAAUUGCAAGCGUAUCUCGACGGCAAUGCUAUUACAACCGAUACUAGCAGUGAUCUUUGCAGCCUAACUCUGCCCGAUCAGCCCUACGAGGAGAAGGAGCAGCCUGCCGAUGUGGACGCUGUGACCCAUACCGACGGGAGCGAGCCGCCCGCCGAUCUUGUAGCCGGAAUGAAGCCCCUCGCUAAUACCCCGACCUUGGUCCUGGGCGUUGCAAGCGAUAUCCUCUUCCCUGCUUGGCAGCAGAAAGAAAUAGCGACGACUCUUAAACGCGCGGGGAACAAGAAUGUGACGCAUAUUGAGCUGGGUGAGGAGAAGAGCUUGUUCGGUCACGAUACCUUUCUUCUUGAUCUGCAGAAUGUUGGCGGGGCUGUUCAGAACUUCUUGGGCUGAGCACCAAAGUGUUGUUAACCAAUAUUUAGUAUAGUUCUGCAUUGCUGGGCGUUUUGAGUAAAAUCAUGUCAGAUAUUUGUUCAACUUAGAUUCUAUCCAACUCUAUGUUCGUUCA